AUGUCAGAAAAGAUUCAUAUAACGCAUACUGCCUUGUCUUACCUUCUUAUAAAGUAUAAGCAAGGAAGCAUUAAUCUUACAGAGCAAAGGCAAAGGAAUCCGCACUCAUAUUUUGCUAGUUCUUUUUGUGCGCUUCUAUCAUUCACAUACGCAUUGUAUGUAAAUCAGUUUGAAAAUACAAAUAUAAAAAGUAGCUCCACUUUAUUAAAUACUUUUAUUACCUAA